GCCAGCCCCCCCUCCUAUUUUUGGAGAGGUGAACCUGAAGCAGCCCAUGCAGCACGGAGGCCACUCCUCCCAGCGCUCCAUCCCCUCGUCGAUCGGACGGGCCCGUCAACCUCCCAUCCUCCCUAGCACGAAUCUCGAGGCGCAGCGAAGGCUCAAAAUCAAACUAGCGAGUAACUCGGGCGCGGGCAAACGUCGUCCUCCUCCCUCCCUCCCUCCCUCCCUAGUGACCAACGAUUCCGAACCAGCCAGAAAUCUCUGCCCAAAGAAAUUUCGCUUUCUUGAUCCGUCCUUGCAUGCCUCCUAGAAAUUUCGUUUCUUGAUCCGUUAUUGCCUCGAUUUCGUCGUAUGUCGCGCGAAAAUCUUUGGACAAGAGAGUGAUGGACAAUAAGUGGGCUUGGUUUUGAUGGUCGUUGCCGGGAUCCUCGCAUGACAAAGUCGGAGAAGAGCGCGUCGGCGGAGGCGGCGAGCGCUCGGCGGAUCACCCCGAUGAAGCUGCUGGUGCGCGUCGUGGAGGCGCGCGGGCUCCCGGCCGUCCACGUCGACGGCUCCAGCGACCCCUUCGUGAAGCUGCAGCUGGGCAAGCGGCGCGCCAAGACGGCCGUGGUCAAGCGCAGCCUGGCGCCCGCCUGGGACGAGGAGUUCAGCUUCCUCGUCGGCGACGUCGCCCAGGAGCUCGUCGUGUCCGUGCUCAACGAGGACAAGUACUUCAGCAACGACGUGCUGGGCCGCGUCCGGGUGCCGCUCGCCCGGGUCAUGGAGACCGACGACCUCUCGCUCGGCACCGCGUGGUACCAGCUCCAGCCCAAGAGCAAGAAGUCCAAGAAGAAAUGCCGCGGAGAGGUUUGCCUGCGCAUUUCGUUGUCUACAAGAACCCAUGUCUCUGAUGAAUCGCAGAGUGUUCCACAUCAUACUUCAGAUGACUUGGCAUCCAGCUCAGACAGGUCAAUUGAUAAUAAAGAUGCAACUUUAUCAACAACCAAUAGCUACAUCGACCUAUCAGCCGUUGCCAGCAUGGACCGAGCAUCGCACAGCAGUUUCGAACGAUUAGCGGAUGCAGACCAACCAACCCGUAGCAGCACUGAACAAGCAACCACUGAACCCGGAGCAGCUGCUGACAAUGAUGCAAUGGCGAAUCCAUCAUCAGUGGUAGAGGUCUUGUCUCGCUAUUUCUUCGGGAGACCCGUCGAAGCUGCUGCGCCUUCUCUAGCAUCAGACACCGAGUCAGUUGAUCAGUUCCAAGAGUCAAAGAUGUGCUCUGAAGAUCGUGAAACCCCUGAGAAGGGCACAUCAUCAGAGUCAAGCCUUGAUGAGCUACUGAAAAUCAUGGAGUCAAAAGAUCAAGGGUCUGAAAUGCCUGGAAACUUGCCUAGUGGUGUACUAAUCGAUGAAUCUUAUGUUGCUGCACCGGCUGAGUUGAACUCCCUCUUGUUUUCGCCAAAUUCAGAUUUCUGGCCAGCAGUGGCAGAGCUUCAAGGAACAAGUGGGUUUCAGAUUGAACCGUGGAAACUUGAAAAUAAUGAUAAUUGUUUACAAAGAAAAUUAACAUACACAAAAGCUGCAAGCAAGUUAGUUAAAGCUGUGAAAGCCACAGAAGAGCAGAAAUACUUGAAAGCAACUGGAAAUUCUUUCGCAGUGUUCUCUGUUGUUAGCACUCCUGAUGUUCCCUGUGGAAAUUGUUUCAAGGUAGAGAUACUGUAUUGUAUCACACCAGGUCCCCAGUUAUCAUCCGAAGAACAAACAUCGCAUCUUACUAUAAGCUGGCGGGUAAACUUUGUUCAGAGCACAAUGAUCAAAGGAAUGAUUGAGAAUGGUGCCAAACAAGGCAUGGCAGAAGGCUAUGCACAAUUUUCUGAAGUACUGUCCCAGAGGCUUAAAGUAGCUGAGCUUGAUGAUGCUAAUUCGCACAAAGAAAAGAUUUUAGCUUCAUUACAUGCACAAAAAGAAACAGGCUGGAGGUUGAUCGUCCGCUUUCUUGGGAACUUUACAUUCAUAUUCUCUGUUGUCAUAGCACUAUAUGUUAUAGCCCACCUUCAUUUAUCCAGCCCCGGUGUGAUGCACGGGCUUGAAUAUUUUGGCCUUGACCUUCCAGAUUCAAUUGGGGAAGUUGUAGUUUGUGCAGUUUUGAUUCUUCAGGGACAGAAUAUUGUCAAAGUAAUACGGCGCUUCUUAAGUGCAUGGAAACAAAGAGGUAGUGAUCAUGGGGUCAAAGCUCAUGGUGAUGGUUGGUUGCUGACUGUUGCGCUUAUUGAGGGCACUGGUAUAACAGCUGCUGGUUCAUCUGACUUAUUUGAUCUCUAUGCCAUUUUCACAUGCAAUGCAAAGAGGAAAACAAGCUCAAUUAAAUUUCAGACACCUGAUCCAAAAUGGAAUGAGAUAUUCGAAUUUGAUGCUAUGGAUGAUCCUCCGUCAAGGAUGGAUAUUGCUAUUUAUGAUUCAAGUGCACCAUGUAAUGAAGCUCCCAUUGGUCACACAGAAGUGAAUUUUCUGAAAAACAAUUUGUCAGAUUUAACUGACAUAUGGCUUCCUCUUGAUGGAAAGUGUGAUCAAGCAAGCAACCCUAAACUACAUUUGAGAAUAUUUUUGAACAACUCGAGGGGGACUGAAGUUGUCAUGAAUUACCUUGCAAAGAUGGGGAAAGAAGUUGGUAAGAAGAUAAAUUUGCGGUCAGCCCAAACAAAUGCUGCGUUCCGAAAGCUAUUUGUACUCCCUCCAGAAGAGUUCCUCAUCGAUGAUUUCACCUGCCAUCUAAAACGGAAGAUGCCACUUCAGGGGCGCCUCUUUUUUUCUCCAAGAAUAGUUGGAUUUUAUUCUAACAUAUUUGGACACAAAACCAAGUUUUUCUUUCUGUGGGAAGACGUUGAUGACAUCCAGGUUAUCCCCGCUACACUGUCGAUUGGUAGCCCGUCGUUAAUGAUCAUCCUUCGAAAGGAAAGAGGUUCAGAAGCAAAACAUGGUGCCAAGGGAACAGAUCAUCAUGGAAGACUCAAAUUCCAUUUCCAAUCUUUUGUUUCGUUCAAUGAUGCUUACAGGUAG